AUGAUGGCGACAGUGCGCCGCGUUGUGUGUGUGUUGGCCGCUGCUCUGUGCUGCACGGCCUUGGGCGCGGCGGCGGCUGAUAAGUCUGCCACAAGUGCUGGCGGAAUUAAGGCAAGGAUUACUACGAAGGAGGCAGAAGUUCAAAAAGCAAGGGACGCUUUGGAAGUGGAAACGAAAAAAGUGGAAGAGGCUGCCAAUGGUUUCGCCGCACCGCUGAAGAAGGCGAAGGAAGCAGUGGUGGAGGCGGUUAAGAUGGUUGAAGCUGUCGAUGCGAAUGCUGAAGCCGUCAACAAGAAGGCGUCUGCUGUCUUUGCUGUGGCUUCGAAAGUUGUCAGGGCGCUAAGCGUCUUUUAUAACAAGAAGUUGUCUUCUACUAUACCGGAGACUCCAGAGAGUAAGGAUAUAAAGGUUGCCGACGCACAGCAGGCUACGAAGAAUCUCGACGCAUUGUUGCAGAGCGUUACACAAACCGUUUCGGACACCAAGAGUCUGCUGCAGAGGUUGGAGGANGAAGAAUCUCGACGCAUUGUUGCAGAGCGUUACACAAACCGUUUCGGACACCAAGAGUCUGCUGCAGAGGUUGGAGGACGCAAAGGUGAAAGCAGAAGCGGCGCUUCAACGUAUCGGCUCGGCUGA